GUAUGACCUCAACUAUGUCAUUUGGCAGUCCCAAAAUAGAUUUUGGAAAGAAAUCUUCAAACCUUGAACAGAGUAUUCAAAGAAUCAAAGUUCGCAAGAGUCUUCUCAUGGCUCAGAUUUGUUUAUCGGACAAACCAGAUUUCACUUCCAAAGUGGAGAACAACAAUCAACAAUCAGAAAAGGUCUACACAAAAGCUCAACGGUCAUCUGUCAGGUUUCCAACAUACGAUGGAUUGCUCCCCGCUGGCGGAACAUACAUUUGCGAUGAAUGCAACAGCGACGAGCGGACCCCAUUUCAGCUUUGUGAGCACAAGGCAAUUUAUCACAGUCCCCAAGACCAGAGGGUUUGGAAAUGUGUGUACUGUCACACACAAUUUGGAAGGCGAGGUGGACUUCGGAGGCAUGUUCAGAUGGUUCAUAUGCAGAUGAUGCAUAAAUGUCCCGUAGAGAAUUGCACUCAUCCAGGAUACAAGUGCACAAAGGCUCUGAAUGCUCAUGUCAGAACUCAUACUCGACCAUAUGCCUGCCAUCGGUGUGAUGCUAGCUUUGCACGAAAAAACGAUCUACAGAGUCAUCUAUCAACUCAUCAAGCUACUCCAGUCAUUCAUUAAUUUAUUAUAUUAUCUCAAUUUUCCGUUUCUCUAUCUAUCUUAUUACGAUUACCUCUUCUUUUUUUCUGUGAUUGUACCAUAAACCUCAAAGUCCAACG